AUGAUGAUUCGAAUCACAGCUGCUGGACCUCUCGUGUACCUUUGUGGUCCUGGCUGGGCAUGGAAUUGGCUGGACGUCUUCGUCGUCCUUCCUGCUUGGGUGGAGCUAGCUCUGGACCUAAGUGCCCCAAGUGAGGGGGGAGACGGAGGAGCUUCAAGCAAUCUCCGGAUCGUGCGAGUCUUCAAGGUGACGAGGCUACUGCAGGUGGUCCGAUCCGUCCGUCUGAUCAAGUUCCUCGGGGCCUUGCGUGCCCUUGUCAUGUCGGUUGUUGAUACGACCCGGCAGCUCGCAUGGGCUUUGCUGCUUCUCGGGUUGGUGAUCUACAGUUUCGGCAUUCUUUUCGCAGAUGCGGCGCUGGACUAUGGGAUCCGACACGACCUUAGUGAUGAUUCGACGCUUUUGGAGUACUUCGGCGGGGUGUACCUGUCUUGCCAGACGCUCUUCCGCGCGAUUUUGGGUGGUUUGGACUGGGAGGUCGCCGUGAACUCACUGGUUCAAGUUGGCUGGUUCUGGGUCCAACUGUUUCACAGCUACAUCGCUUUCUGUGGAUUUGCUGUGCUGAAUGUGAUGACGGGCGUCUUCGUAAACAGUGCCAUCAAGACGCGCGAGCGCGAUCACGAGACCUUGCUUCAGAACAAGCAGCGCUUCAAGGAGCUGGUGUCCAAGAUAUGGUCGAGGAUGGAUACUUCCGGGCAAGGACAGAUUACCAUCAUCGAGUUCGAGCAGAUGUUCGAGGAUGAAGAGAUGAAGGCGUUCUUCCAAACCAUCGAAAUCAAUGCCGUGGAUGCCUGGACCCUCUUCGAUAGCUUGGACGUGGACGGAGAUCAUACCAUCAGCUUGGAAGAAUUCUCGGAGCGGUGCAUGCAACUCCACGGCCCGGCCAGGUCGGUAGACUUGUAUGCUUUGGUGAAGCAAAUUCAUGCUUUGGGAGAGCAGCAGCAUCAAAUGAGCGAUUGCCUGGCGACUUUAAUUGAAAGGACCCAUGUCGUGGAGGACAGUUUCUCGUUGCUUGCGAAGAUUCGAGUUUUCGCGGCCAAACUCGUGGCCAGACUCGUCAGAGGACAGGCCAUGCCGGCAGGAAUGGCUCCUUGGCCUUGUGGCCUUCGCCUGGGAGACCGGAAGCUGUCCUUGAAGCCCUCGGAAGCCGAGCCGGACUCCGUGCGCUGGGCCUCCUUCGGAGGCGGGAGCCGGGACUUCGCGUACCGCUGCCUCCGCGCGAUCCUGGAGUUGACGGCCGUGAUCCUCCUGAUCAUGUACGUUCUGAAGUACCCCUACGCACGCUACGUCCUGUCUUUCUCCUACGCCGAGACCGGGAAGCCCAACAGCUUGAACGGAAGGUUUCUGAUGCUCAUCUCCAUCAUUGCCAACCAGAUCAUCUACCUCUUCAGCGACAAAGUCGCCGAGGAUCUGCAUCUCUGGUACACCGAGCACAAGCAGAAGGCAUACUUGGGCUUUUACCUCGUGGCCAUGAUCCUGGAGCUGAUGAUGGACCUCUUCUUCACUGCAAGGACGACUUUCAACCAGCUCGUGGCGGCCGGUCGGCGGAGCUACGGUGGCGAGAAGCUCUCGGACCUCACGAGCUGGCACGAGGUGGUGCAGACCUACGUGAUGCAAAACGCCCUGGGCAACCAGCUCUUGGAUUACGCCAUGCCCUCCACGUUCCUGGCGCCCUUCAUCUUCGAGCCCAUUCUCGGCUUCGUGGCCUACCACUUGGGAAAGCUGGUCGUUCGCUCCCAUGCGGAGGUGAGCAAGUACGACGCGCAGGAGACGGUGAGCUGGUUCUGGGUCAACGACUUGUCCCGUUACGGCGACGCCAUCCUCAACCUUACCAUCGCGGUGAUCUUCCUGGCCAUCCACGGGGGCUUCACCGCACGGGCUUUUGGCUACCUCCUGGGAUGUCACGUCUACAUCUACCUCUUCGAUCACUGGAUGCUGCUCCGCGCGAUGCCUCGAGUGAAGUACAACCUGAUGUCAGUUGACAUUCUGGCGCACAUGAUGAUGGCCAUCCCAACCGGUAUCGUCCUGGUCUGCGUCGUCUUCAAGGCCAAUUGCAAAGACAUGCAAGAGCAUCCGCUUGGCAAGCUCAUGCCCUUCGAAACGUAUUGUUUCGUGAGCAUGGACCUCAUGCGUGUGCUCAUCAUGGUCUUCGUUCUGCAUGCCAGUCUUCACGUGUUCAUCGUGCACUUGCUCCUGAAAUACAUCCGGGUGGACCACUCGCAGCAGGAGACCACAUACGCGGAGCUUGCGAAGACGACGCCUUGCACUUGGUUUACUGCCAACCCCGUCCAUUGCUUGCGCUCCGAGUAUUUGAAGAGGCACGAUCCUCCUUGCCGUUUCUAUGUGCCUGGCCGGGAGCAUCUCCUCAGGGCCAAUCCGGAGGCGAACUGCCACUUCGAGGAUGCCAACUACUACGGGGCCGGAGCGAAGAGCGGAGCGCUUCCAGAAGUGCAGAGGCUUCGGCCCCCUCGGCCGGGCUGCGCCAUGCUCCGGGCCGCGCAUCGUUUUCCAGCCAGGCUAGCCAGGUGUGAUCGAGUCCAGACCUGGCAGCAGCGCGGGCGCCGCAGCUACCAAGCAGCUAAACCCCGGCUCGACGCCAAAGGCGACGGCAUUUCCCACGAUGUUCAGUAUGAGGGCCUUUGGGGAGCCAUUACGACCUUUCCCAAGCGUCAACCCUUCGCCACGAACGUGAUUGUUGCGACGGUGAAAACGUCGUUAGCUGACCUCAUAGUGCAAAAGGCUGAGGGCAAGGAGAAAGUGGAUUGGCAGAGGAACGGUGCCUUCACUGCCUUCGGCUUCGCUUACCUCGGUUUCGUGCAGUGGUUCAUCUACGUGACCCUCUUCACGCGGCUCUGUCCUCACGCAAUCCGCUUUGCGAACCUCUCCUGGGCCGAGAAGCUGAAGGAUCGCGCCGGCCAGUUGGAUCUGGUGAAGCAGACGUGCUUGGACAACUUUGUCCAUUACACCUUCGUCUACUUCCCCGUCUUCUACGUUAUCAAGGAGGGGAUCAACACCGUCACGGCGAGCCCCGAGGCGCCGGCGCCGGCCGAGCCCCUGGUCUCCCGGGCGCUCAGCAAGUACUGGAGGAAUGCCGUGCAGGACAACCUCUACAUGUGGGGCCUCUGGGUCCCCUUCGACCUCAUCAUCUACGCGGUGCCCAUCUGGAUGCGGCUGCCGCUGAACCACGGCGUGAGCCUGGCCUGGACCAUGAUCCUCAGCGCGCUGCGUGGCAGCGAGAAGUGA